UGGAGAGGAAGGGCUUGUCCUCACAUGUGAUUAGUGGAUGUGUGUUUUCUUUUCCCCUCAUUCAGUGCGACGUUUUAUUUAAGUUGUAAGAUGGCGACGGUGCAUCUGAGGAUCGGGGACCUAGUGUGGGGGAAGCUUGGUCGUUACCCACCAUGGCCAGGGAAGGUAGUAAGCCCUCCUAAGGACUUGAAAAAGCCCAGGGGCAAAAAAUGUCAUUUUGUGAAAUUCUUUGGAACUGAAGACCAUGCCUGGAUCAAAGUAGAACAACUGAAGCCCUACCAUACCCACAAAGAGGAGAUGAUCAAGAUAAAUAAAGGGAAGCGCUUCCAGCAGGCAGUCGAUGCAGUGGAAGACUUCCUAAAGAAAGCAAAGGGGAAAGAACAGAACUCGGAUGGCAAAGGAGACUCAAGGGGAAAGAAGACACCCAACAAGCCACUGAAAAUACUGGAGGAGGAUGAUGAGGAUCUCAGUGCCCUGAAGGACCCCUCUGAGAAGGACUUAACUGACUCUGACCCCGAGCCGUCCACUCUUGAGAGGCUGGGGGCUGGACCUGGCUCAGGAUUCAAAUGGGAAAGCAGUCCUGUGAAGGACGACCCACAUUUCCAUCACUUUCUCCUCAGCCAGUCUGAGAAGCCAAUCUCAUCAAUGGAACCCAUAAGCAAGCGCUUGAAGAUCAUUGAAGAGGACACAGGGUCAACAUCUAUCCAAGCAGCCGACAGCACAGCCAUCAAUGGCAGCAUCACACCCACAGAUAAAAGGAUAGGGUUCCUGGGUCUGGGGCUGAUGGGGAGCGGUAUAGUUUCUAACCUGUUGAAAAUGGGUCAUGUUGUCACAGUGUGGAACCGCACAGCAGAAAAGUGUGACCUGUUCAUCCAGGAGGGGGCCAGAUUGGGCCGGACUCCUGCGGAGGUGGCUUCCAUGUGUGAUAUCACUUUCUCCUGCGUCUCUGACCCAAAGGCUGCCAGGGAUUUGGUGUUGGGACCCAGUGGAGUGCUGCAGGGAAUCAGGCCAGGCAAAUGCUACGUAGAGAUGUCCACUGUAGACCCAGAGACCAUCACUGAACUCUCACAGGUGAUUACAUCACGGGGUGGUCGUUUUCUGGAGUCUCCAGUGGCAGGAAGCCAGCAGCUCUCCAACGAUGGGAUGCUGGUCAUCCUGGCCGCUGGCGACAGGACCGUCUACGAGGAUUGCAGCAGCUGCUUCCAGGCCAUGGGCAAGACCUCCUUCUUCCUGGGUGAAGCAGGUAACGCAGCGAGGAUGAUGCUGAUCCUCAACAUGGUGCAGGGCAGCUUCAUGGCCACCAUUGCAGAGGGACUUACCCUGGCGCAGGCCACAGGCCAAUCACAGCAGACCUUCCUGGACAUCCUGUGCCAGGGCCAGAUGGCGAGCACCUUUGUGGACCAGAAAUGCCAAAAUAUUUUACAGGGCAACUUUAAGCCAGACUACUAUUUGAAACAUAUUCAGAAGGACCUGAGGCUCGCUAUCUCUAUGGGCGACAUGGCCAACCAUCCAACCCCAAUGGCUGCUGCUGCCAAUGAGGUCUACAAGAGGGCUAAGGCACUGGACCAGUCAGACAAUGAUAUUUCUGCUGUCUACAGAGCCUACAUUCACUAGAGCGAGGGGUGACCUUUCCUCUGGACCACACAGUCUUUAGUCCCUUCUUAUUGCUCCCUUGUCAUGUAAUGAGUUUUUUCUUUUUUUUUUUUUUUUUUAUUCUGGUUGUAUUUUAUUUUGCCACAUCGCCCGCCAUGUUAGCUGCCCACAAGUCAUGGGAUUGUUAUUCCUUUGUUCAUUGCACUGACUGUACUGGGGGAAAUAUGCUGUAAGAGGUUGUACUACUGCAGUUUGUCUGGUUUCUGACCGCUGAAAUAUGGUAGAAGAAAUGCAGGGUGAGGAUGUUGGGUCCAGUGCCACUGAAGGGCAGGGUGUAUAGCUGCAGUCAGAUAAAAUGCUGUCAGGUUUUGUGGAUGCAUAAACCCUAAAGGUGAUUUUUUUUUUUUUUUUUUUUUUUUUUUUUUUUUUUCUCCUCCCAUGUGCAAAUGAUGAGUAUAUUUAAUUGAGUGUGAUCUUUGCUUUUCUUUUUAAAUGUCCAGAAUUCCAUGAGAGAAAACACCAAGAACAUGCCACUGCAUUGCCUUAAUAUUGUAACCCCUUGAGUCUUUCAACUAUAGUAUUUAUUUAUGUUUCUUUCUAGGUGCAGUUUGGCCAUGGCUUGUUUCUAUAUUUGAAGAGAUGAUGUAUGCAUUUACGUUGGCGUUAAUGAUCUUUCUUGAACAGGUUAAGGACAGAGCAACCGAUGUGUUGAGGCCUUAAAAUGCAGUAAUAAUUGAUAUUUCUCAUCAAGACUUGAGAUUUCCACAUUUGAAACCCUUAAUUUUUGUGUUUUGGAAGAGUUCUUAUUUACACAUUUUCCUUUUUAUUUAAUAUAUUAUACUCUGAAACAAGAUAAAUUCCACUUUUUGAGUUGCUUUUUAAUAGAACGACAUAAAAAUCCCCAAUGUCAACCCUAACCCUUUUGUGGUAGUUGGAGAUAAAAGAUUGUGGCUGUUUUCAAGGCCAAUUUUAGACUCAUGGGACACAAGUACACGAUUAACAACCAAACUAAUGAAACUGUUUCAAGUUGGUUAGUAGUUGGAAAGUUUAAUUACUUUCAAGAACUGAAACUUAUAGCUGUAGAAUAAAUCCAACAUGUUCACCCCCCAUGGUCACAUGAUUGGGAUGAUCUUAACUAUGUAAUAGAGGUCUUCACAAGUUUACACUUGGAAAAUGUCUUCAUCACUAAGUUUGUCCAUCAGAGAGCACUGUAAAAUGUGCCGCUCACUGCAUAUAUUAAAAACAAAUUUAAAGGGUUUAAAUGGCAGCGAAAGUUCUGAUAAUGUAGUACUCUGGUAUGUGCAUCAAUAUGUCAAUACUUAUCAAUUCUGAUUUAUAAUUUAAAUGAACUUUGCUGUGCAGGAAGGGGGUCAUGUAUUUUUUCCAGUGUAUUUGCUUGUUUAUUCUGGAACCACCGCCUUCUAGAUCAGGUUCAAUUACCUCUGCCAAAGACAUUUAUUUUUCAGCAGAAAACUUGGGAUGUUGUAUGUGCCAGAGAAGAAUCCAUUAACUUAUGAGAGCAUCUGAAUCACAGGUGGAUACUCAAAUAAUUUUUCACUUUAGUGAACACUGCAAGAUGGGGCAUGUCCUUGGCAGAUCAUUGCCUCCAUAUCAAUAGGGUGUCUUUUUGAAAAUGAAUCAAUGCACAUUAGGAUAGGGUACUUUUUUUAGGGUCCGUUUUGGACCUGUGAAGACCUCUACUACAGCUUACGCAAACACAUACCCUACAUAAGUAUGCAGAUACAAAUGACAAUGUUCAACCUAUGCAAAAGAAACAUGGCAUGGUUGUGCUUACUCAACCAGAGGUGAGAAGGUGGAACAGCCCAGUUCUUAAAUCUCUUGGUGUGUGUGUGGAGCGUGCUUUGUUCCACCACUAAAAACUGAUCCAACUCAAUCAUAGCAUAUUUGCUGAGCAAGUUUUGGGUUUUAUGCAGUGUUAAGUUUCGGUCUGAUUUAACCAAUUUCACAACAACUCCAUGGGGCAAGAAGGAUAUUGGUAUUAUUUAUGGCUUCUUAUCUAUCACACAUGGUGUCAGGAAGUAAAUGCAGAGAUGGGUGAAUUGAGAUGGCAAAUAUGUCAGCAAAUCUAUAUCCUCAUAAGAAGGAGCACAUCACUAGUUAACCCCACUGUCUCUCACCAUCUGGGAUGUGUUUAAACACGAGCAUGCUGUAGCAGCAAGCUGCUAUAACCCAUGAUAAUAAUAAUAUUCUGCUUGUCAAACAAAUGCUUAAGGUUUUUGAUUUAGAUGCCCCUUCCACACUCGAGAGUAAGAGAGUGGAACUCGAGAUCAGCUUUUAGAAGACAGAUGUAAAUAGCACAUUAGGUUGCGUAGGCUCUCUUUUAUAUCUACAAUAACCGGGAGUAAUGGAAAAACUACUUUUGAUUUUGACUACAGAGUGACUGUCUAACAUCUUUGUGUCUUAAUACUGUAGAUUGUUCAGUUCAAGUGUAAAUGAUUUAUUAAUAUGUGGUUUAUAUAAUCAGGCUUAUUGCAUUGAAAUAAUGACUUGGAUCCUGUUAAAGGAAGGAGGGUGUAACUUUGAUUUUGGGGAAUAUUUAUGAUUUUGUGUACAUGUGGAAGUAUCAAGACUUUUGUGCUGUUUAAUAAAUCCUCUCCUGAUUACUGA